AUGGCAGGGUCGUUAACUCGUCUUUUUUUACAACUUUUUCUCUACUUUGCUUCAUCAUAUUUUACUGAAGAUAAGCCGGUUAUAUUGUCCCUUUUCGAGUUAAUUCAAACUUGCCUCGUCAGUUACGACGUCCUUUCUUGAUCUACAUAUUUUUUGCCAGUUUCCAGUUGUUGAAUUCUAUCCCGUUUCAUCCCCUAGACAUUCUUGCAUGUUCUCUGAUCUCUUUCCAUAAACCCAGUUUCUAUUUCCGAUCAAAUUCUUCUACAUAUAUUACAAUCAAGUUGUUUCCAUAAAUAAUCGAUACGAAGAUUCAGCACUGAAUUUUUUCGUUUUCGAAUAAGUGUGAAUCAUGACUGAUAAGAUAUUCAAUAAGUUUUGAUUUUUCAAUUAUAAAGCUCUCCAGCCAGUUACCUUGUGUACUCAUUCAAAUGAUUGGGACAAAUAGUACACAAAAGAAUGUGAUAAUGAUAUUAGAGAAUGUACUAGAAUGAUUGGUUUUUCUAUUACACCGGGCCCGCCGUGAGCUUCAAAAGAAGUCUAACACUCAUUUUAUAUGCAUGACUAAUAACAAACAUCACUAAACAGUGAGUCGACAGAUGAAAGAAAUGUGGAUUAGAAUAGAAUUCACGGCGAAACAGUUUUCUUAAACAUUUCGAAAUUAACCAGAAUCUCAUCUAUGUGAAAAUUUGUAAUCUUCACAUAAAUAUCAUUCGUCUUGAAUACACCGAGUGCCUUUGAGACUCCUAAUCACCGAUUCAACCAAAACUGUUUAAAAUAAGAUAUUUUCUUUUUUUUUUAUCAUUAAUCAUUCUCCCACAGAUUCGUGAGCUCGUCAAAGCUAACUGAUUAUAAAUUCGCAAUGAUAAUUAGGAAGUACUAUGCCACCUUGAAAAUUCUUGGGUCUAUAUGAAUUUACUUUGAAACUUGAGAGAUUUCAAUGCAAUAUCAAGGCCAAGGAAAGGUCCAAAAUUACAAUUGUUUUUUCAAUGUUGAUUAUGGCUCCAGUUUUUUUUACCCCUAACACUUAUUUUACAAGACAGUUCUUGAUAUACACAUCAUUCAACUUAUUUCGAAAGGUAAUUUUUUUCUUUUAAAAGUGAUCGUACACUAAAUUUUUAUGGAAGGGUUUCCUUAGAAGUGAAAUCUUCUCAAUCUGGGGCAUGAUGUCUCUCGCUCAAGGAAGAUUUUUCAGUCCUGCUCUUAGCCGGGUAGGCCAAGAAUUGCCGGCACGCUGUUGAUUUUGUUUAUGUUAGAUAUCAACAGGGAUGUUAAAAAAAACUUAUUCAACUCUCUUACUUUGUAACCUAUUAGACAACUGUCGUCAUCUGCAAUUCUUGCCGCCAAUGAAAGACAAAGCAUUACAAGGUCACGUGAUACAUACCAGUGACGUAUCAGAUCUGGAAUUGUGUCAGUUUAAAUGUUACUUGACACCGAGCUGUAUUUCGUUGAAUCUGGGACCGAUCACAGCAAACAAGAAGAGAAGCUGCGAGCUCUGUGAUGCUCAUGGCGAUGGAAAUAAACAUUCUGACUCAUUAACCUUCCGAAAAGGAUAUCUUCAUCAAGGGACGAAUGUAAAUAUGUAUACUGAUGUUGUUGUAAUUUUAUUGUUUUUAUGCGAAGAAGGUCGUUCUUUCUUUCCUUGUAAUUUUCCCUUUUGUAUUUCAGAAUGUAUGUGCGCAUGCGCGGUGCUACUUGAAUUCCACAUGCCAGACUGGAUUUACUGACAAGGGAUACCGCUGUCUUUGUCCUGCGGGCUUCACGGGAGAAUGGUGUAACAUUCGUAUGUAUCAUCGUGAUAUUCUUUUCUAUCCUCAUAGCGGUCUUGUCGCGGGAAUUCCUUGGUGCUAG